CUUCCAGACACCACCACUCCCACAGAAAAAACAACAUUCUCAGCUACUGGCAGUCAUUGAUUUCCGUUUUUCGAACGUCUAACUGAGAAGUAAUCAGUUUUUUACUCUGUUGAGUUUUUCAAUUGAAAACUUUUGGCUACAUGCCCUUUCGUACUGUGUUAUUGCUUGGAUAGGCAAUGUUGAAAAACUCAGCUGAAGAUAGAAGGGUUUCGUUCAAUAAUCCGGAUAAUCGAUCUUCAGAACAUUUGAACCGUGAUGAAAGUGACAAUACGCGUUUAAACCCGUUUCUUGCAAGUGAUGACUUGGAAGAUGUGUUGGGUGAAGAUUUAGAUGAACCAACUCCACAUAGCUACAAGAGCAAGAAUCCAUUUCUGGAUGAUGAAUUGGAGAGGCUACAUUUGUCCACAGGUACUACUGGCCUUGGUUACGACCCAAAAGCAAGGUCGAGCUAUACUGAUGACAUUCCCUUAGAAACAUUAAGUCCCACGACACCGCGCCGUCCACUUUAUCGCAACAGACGCUCUGCAGGUAUACUUGUUACACUCCAUUCCUGGGUGGAUUACUGCCGUCGAGCACUCAAGAAAAACGAAGUUCCUGUAGAGAACUUGGGUCCUCGAGUCGUGUACAUAAAUGAUCCAGACGCAAAUGGGGUGCAAAAGUUCGCCUCUAACAAGGUAUCGACUUCCAAAUACAAUAUAGCCUCUUUCAUCCCACUUUUUCUUGCCGAACAAUUCUCAAAGUAUGCCAACCUCUUCUUUUUGUUAACAUCCAUCAUUCAACAAAUCCCCGGCGUUACACCUACAAACCGUUAUACUACUAUCGGUCCUUUGGCUGUUGUAUUGUUGGUCUCAGCCUUUAAGGAGGCAGUGGAAGAUUUAAAGCGAAAGAAUCAGGACAAGGAUAUGAACAAUGCAAAGGCUUAUGUGUUAGAAGGAACCACUUUUAUUGACAAAAGAUGGAGAGACAUCCGUGUUGGAGACAUUGUUCGUGUCACUUCCGAAACAAACUUCCCCGCUGAUAUCGUUUUGUUGGCUUCUUCUGAACCAGAAGGCUUGUGUUACAUUGAGACUGCCAACCUUGAUGGUGAAACAAAUCUCAAGGUGAAACAAGCACAUCCAGAAACCGCACACUUGGUGAAACCUGUUGAGGCUAGCCAAUUGCAGGGUACUCUGCGUUCCGAACAGCCAAAUAAUAGUCUUUAUACGUAUGAGGCGACUCUUCGGCUCUCAUCCAUCGAUCAUGAAAUUUCAAUCUCACCAGAUCAGUUAUUAUUGCGUGGUGCUCAAUUACGGAAUACUCCCUGGGUAUUUGGCAUUGUUGUAUUCACUGGUCAUGAAACAAAGCUUAUGAAGAACGCUACCAAGUCACCAAUGAAAAGAACUGCUGUUGAACAACGCGUCAAUGUCCAGAUUUUGUUUCUUUUCAGUGUUCUCAUUUUUCUCGCUUUAGCCUCCUCAUUGGGCUCCGUAAUUACAAAAGCUACAUACGGUUCCGCACUUUCAUACUUGCGUCUCAACGUCGGGCGCGCCGGAAACUUUUUUUUGGAAUUUCUAACUUUCUGGAUUCUGUAUUCAAACCUUGUUCCAAUCUCACUGUUCGUUACUCUUGAAGUCGUUCGCUAUUCGCAAGCACAGUUGAUUGGAAGCGAUUUGGAUUUGUACCACGAAGAAACUGAUACUCCUGCAGUAUGCAGAACUUCUUCUUUGGUUGAAGAGUUAGGCCAAGUCGGUCAUAUCUUCAGUGACAAGACAGGUACACUAACUUGCAAUCAGAUGCAAUUUCGACAGUGUUCAAUCGCCGGUAUCGCCUACGCAGAUACUGUGCCUGAAGACAGAUCAGCUUCUAACGAGGAACUCGAUGCCGAUAUGUAUAUUUAUAGCUUCAACGAUCUGUUAAACAACUUGAAAUCGUCAGCUGACAGUCAAGCUAUUCACAACUUUAUGUUAGUGCUUUCUAUAUGUCACACUGUUAUUCCCGAAAGAAAAGGAUCCAACACGACGAGUGAAGUUAAGUUUCAAGCCGCCUCCCCCGACGAGGGUGCCCUUGUUGAAGGUGCUGCGAAACUUGGUUAUGAGUUUUUUUCAAGAAAACCUCGAUCACUAAGCGUAAAAGUGCAGGGUGUGGAGCAGAAUUUUGAAUUGCUGAACAUUUGCGAAUUCAACUCAACACGAAAGAGAAUGUCGGUAGUUUUUCGUUGCCCAGAUAACAAAAUUCGUCUUUACAUCAAGGGCGCAGAUACAGUUAUUAUGGACAGACUUUCGCCCACGGACAAUCCACACGUCGAAAAGACGCUUCACCACUUGGAGGACUAUGCUACGACUGGUUUACGUACGCUAUGUAUUGCGAUGCGUGAGCUUGGAGAAAAGGAAUACGAAGAUUGGAAUGCCACAUAUGAAGAUGCAGCCACGAGCUUGGAUAACAGAGCUCAAAAACUUUCUGACGCCGCCGAGCUUAUUGAAAAGAAUCUCACUCUUCUCGGAGCCACGGCUAUUGAGGAUCGACUUCAGGACGGUGUUCCCGAGACCAUUUCUUCCUUGCAAACAGCGGGCAUUAAGAUGUGGGUCCUGACUGGCGAUCGUCAAGAAACUGCAAUUAAUAUCGGAAUGAGCUGUAAACUGAUUAAUGAGGAUAUGAAUUUGGUUAUCAUAAAUGAAUCCACGAAAGAGAAAACCACGGACAGUAUUCUCCAGAAGCUUUCUGCCAUUUACAGAGGACGCCAAAACACUGGCCAAAUCGAGCCAAUGGCUCUUGUUAUUGACGGAAAGUCUCUUGAGUAUGCUAUGGAGAAGAAUCUUGAACAACAUUUUUACGAGCUUGCCUGCGAAUGCAAAGCUGUAAUUUGCUGUCGCGUAUCUCCUUUACAGAAAGCUCUUGUCGUUCAACUCGUUAAAAGAAAUUCAAGUGAUAUCCUUCUUGCCAUUGGUGAUGGUGCAAACGAUGUCUCUAUGAUCCAAGCAGCCCAUAUUGGCGUUGGUAUUAGUGGUAUGGAAGGACUUCAAGCCGUUCGUAGCUCAGACUUUGCGAUCGCUCAAUUUCGGUAUUUGCGCAAAUUGCUCCUGGUUCAUGGUUCAUGGAGUUAUCAAAGAUUGAGCAAGCUUAUUCUUUACUCAUACUAUAAGAACAUCUCUCUUUACAUGACUCAGUUUUGGUUUGCUUUCCAAAAUGGUUUCUCUGGAUCUGCGAUUUACGAAUCAUGGUCCAUUUCGCUUUACAACGUUCUCUUCACGGUACUUCCUCCCCUUGUGAUUGGUAUUUUUGACCAGUUUGUGAGCGCACCAUUGUUGGAUCGAUACCCACAGCUUUACCAUUUGGGACAAACGGGUUCCUUGUUCAAUUCAAAGAACUUCUGUUCUUGGAUUGCAAAUGGAUUCUAUCAUUCCCUUUUGCUUUUCUUCAUGACGGAGGCCGUCUUCUUAUUCGAUGGACCAAACGCGAAUGGUUACACAUCUGGACAUUGGGUUUGGGGCACAACACUUUACGGUGUUGUUCUCUUCACUGUUCUUGGUAAGGCAGCGUUAGCUACAAACAUCUGGACAAAGUACACAUACAUUGCCAUCCCAGGAUCUUUCAUUCUCUGGCUUGUGUUCCUGCCUAUCUAUUCUACUGUAGCGCCAGCAAUUGGGUUCUCAAAAGAAUAUUAUGGAAUUAUUCCUCACCUGUAUGGAAAUCUCAAGUUUUGGUUGGCACUGAUACUUUUCCCUUUGACUGCAUUACUUCGUGAUCUAAUUUGGAAAUAUUAUACGAGAAUGUAUGCACCAGAGCAAUAUCACCAUGUUCAGGAAAUCCAAAAAUACAAUGUGGCUGAUUACCGACCUCGUAUGGAACAAUUCCAAAAAGCAAUCCGCAAAAUCAGACAAAUGCAGCGGAUGCGCAAGCAACGUGGUUACGCCUUUUCCCAAGCAGAUGAGGGUCAAGAUCGUGUUGUUAGAGCAUAUGAUACUACUAGAGACAGAGGUGCAUAUGGAGAAAUGCGCUAGAACUCUGUAUGUAACAACUGAUUAUGAUUUCAUUUUAACGAAUUGAUUUAAAGCAUAAUGAAGCAUUCGUUCCCCCAAAUCCAAGGCUGUUAGACAAAGCGACAUUCACCUUUUUUUCCUGCGGGUUAUUUGGAACAUAGUUACACUGCAAGUGUUCAGGCAAGUCAGUCUUAUUGAGGUUCAGAGUGGGCGGCAUUACAUUCUGUACAAGUUAGUAAACUUUAAGGAACUUUUUCGCAUAUCAUCACAUACAUUAUAAAUGGAGAGAACUGUGAACACAGCUUCAACGGCGCCGGCAGCACCAAGUAAAUGACCAGUGGCACCUUUUGUACUGGAAACGGCAAGCGAAGAAGGAAGCCGACCAACACCUGCUAACAGUCUGCAAAUGGCACUGUUUUCAGCAGCAUCACCAAGUUUUGUCGAAGUUGCGUGCGCGUUUAUAUAAUCCAAGUUCUGCACAGAUUGACCGCCUCGAUCCAUCGCGCGUUUCAUUGCCAGGUAUGCGGCAUCACCGUUCGGGUUAGGAGCUGUAAUAUGGUAGGUGUCUGAAGACAAACCAUAUCCGACGAGCUCUGCAUAGAUUCUGGCGCCGCGUUUCUUCGCAUGCUCAAGUUCUUCCAAUACAACAGCGCCUGCUCCCUCGGCCAUAACGAAUCCACAGCGUUUCUCGUCAAAAGGACGUGAUGAUUCUGCUGGCCUAUCAUUAAACGCAGUGGCCAGACUCUUUGCUUUGGCAAAUCCUGCCAUGGAAAGUGGAUGAACACUGGCCUCUGAACCUCCAGCAACAGCUACAUUUGCAUGGCCUAAUUGUAUGAAUUGAAAAGCAUCACCAAUCGAGUGUGUUCCCGUAGCACAAGCCGUACUUGCUGUGUGAUUGAAAGCUGUGAAUCCAUGCAUUCUGGAGAUAUAACCCGCUGUCAUGUUUAAAAGUGUCUUUGUAAUGAGCUUUGGAGAAACCCUUCGAGCACCCUUUGUCAUCAUAAUUUGCAUCUGUUCCACGAGUUCGUCUACAUUUCCAAUACCGGCUCCGAAACAUACACCCUAUUGGUGAACAUUUGUUAGCGAUGAAUUUCUAGGCAACAGGCAAUAUCUUUCCUUACAUACCGUUUCAUUCUUAGCAUCGUCCGAAAGAUGCCCGUCCCAUCCAGCAUCGCAUAGGGCUUCUUCGGCCGCUUCAAUCCCCAUAUGCGUGAAAAUAGACAUAUCACGAGCAAUCACAGAGUCAAUUCUUCCGUACGUAUUCCAUUCACCGUCCUUUUCUCCCCGAGGAACAAUGCCUGCAACUUUGCUUGGAACAUCUUGGUACCGUUUGUCGGACGCUAACGAAAUGAUGCCUGAUUUCCCCUCCAGCAAUCGUGUCCAAUUCACUGUUUUUCCAUAUCCUAAAGGCGUCAAUAAGCCCACUCCAGUAAUGGCAACACGUCUCAUGUUCUGCUCUAUAUGAAGUCUCCUUGUAACCACAGGUUCGUACUGACAAUGCUUAAAGACGUUAUGUUAAACGGGCCGAGUGUCGUCUAAAGAAUGAAACUUUUAAUGCACUAUCGUUAGGUGGUUUUUCUUCGUUUGGAAAAUUUCUUUCUAAUUCAGACGCUAAUUCAAUUAAUAAGAUGAACAAUUUUUGAGUAAAAGCUUCUCAAUCUGUAUUCCGAACAACGCAUGUGCAAUUUUCUAAGCACCGUUGAUACGAUUUCACUUUUUAACGAUGAGUAACGGUAGAAUUU